AUGUUCGAGUCCAUCCGUCUCCUGCUCAUCCCGAACGAACGUAUGGAGUCGACCUUACCCUUGCCCGAAUGCGUAGCUGCAUUGGUAGAGCAGCUGUCGGAUAGUCAUCCAUUUCUCAGAGGUAAGGAAUGGGACCUUCCACGCUUACUAGUUACGGAAGGUGGGACAUCGAUUGUGGGCAGGGAAGUUUUUGAAGCUUAUGUCGCUCUACACGCGGUGGUCGUCCAGACCUGUGAGAGGUGGCCAGGAAGCUCAGAGGGGCGACCUCUGCUCCGGCCGAAAAAUACCAACUCCACCCUGAAGGACUCAACCAGACCUGAUGGAGGGAAUCCGAAGGACGGGGACAGGUCUCUCAUGAUCGACUGGGACGGGGAGCGGUACGUGUGGGUCGACCUGUUUUCGGCGUACGACAAGAAUGCGAAUGUGAAGGAUCUGGGUGGGCUCAUGGGUAUCAAGAACACCAAGCAAAUCAUCUGGGACCUGCAACAUAUGUUGUGGGAGAAUGUCAAUCGUCGGUUCGCGGUCGGUAUGACCAUUGAGCAAACAGAAGCGCGUCUGUGGGUAGCGACUCGCUCCGCGAUGCUCGUCAGCAUGGGGUUUGACACGCAGAUGGAACGCAAACGCCUAUUCCGGACAUUUGCCUUCUUCGCGUUCGCGGAUCAAACCGCACUCGGUCUGGACCCAACAAUGAGAAUGCCGAAAGGCGCAGACUUCUUCCUCGUCAACAUUGACGGGAAGCGGUAUCAAGUUCGGAAAAGGCCAAUCGCGGAUCACCGAGCGCGCGCGCUGCACGGGAAGGGUGGCGAUCAAAGAGGUUUGGCGAUCUACGAUCGGGCGAUGAAGGCGAUCAAGGAGAUCGAGAAGAGCAGACCCGAAAAAUUGAAGCUGCGCCCUGGCGAGAACGCUGAGAACUACUUCGUCAACAUCAGCGGUGAUGAAGAAGUGAUGGUCAAUGGAGUCCGUGAUGAUACAGCAGGGAUCAUGGGUGGUAAACAGUUUCCGAAAGGAACAGUUUGGAUCAAGACGGCACGUGGGGCGCAGACGGGAACGGACGACACGACCGGAACGUUAAGUCCCAUUGUGCAAAAUUCCGACGGGGGUGAAGGCAGGAAGGAAAUGUCGUUGAAAGGGAAGAGCAGGGAAGUACCAGUCAGUCAGCACAUCCCAACACAUCAAGUCACCCUAACGGGACGUACCGCGUCAGCUGCCACAAAGGCACCGAACCCGUACAAUCUGCGCCAAAUCCACCACCGUGUCCAUUAUCGAACAGUGAUGGACAACAUUGGAGAACCGUUGCACCACAUCGCGAGGUUAGAUAUCGCAUUCAAAGCGCUGGCUGAUGUCGUCCAGGCAUGCAAAAUGAUGUGCAUUGCCGGCUUCAACCAUCGUGAUCUAUCUGCAGGCAAUAUCAUCGUUGAUGCAAAGGAGGAACGAGGGCGGCUCAGUGAUCUGGAAUUUGCGAAGAUUCAUACGAGUGACGGAGCUGGGCACCAUGUGCGGACUGGGACUCCCGAUUUUAUGGCGGUGGAGGUGCUCCGUGGCUUUUAUAUGUUCGACCCCAAUGAACCCGAGGAUGGGGACAAGGACUUUCCAUUGCGCCAUAACGCUGGUCAUGAUCUCGAGUCAAUCUUUUGGAUCGCUAUCUUCAUGUUGUACAACUCGGAGGUGGACGACGAGGACCCCGGGAAGCACGCCAUGGAGCAAAGGAAGAGACGAGAUGAAAUCUUCUCUAAAUACCGAAGGGUGGCCUUCGGUGCAGGCAACCAGCUCUGCUACAAAAUGGCUGAACAUUUCGAUGGUCCUGGUCGCAGAUCAAUCAUGUAUUUGUUGGAUAUGCAAAAUUCGCUGAUAGACGCGUACCAGACAUUUGAAGCAGCUCUGAGCGACACGGAUCGCGGGAAGGAACGCAACACAGAGUUUCUUGAGGUACACGACGAGUUUGGGAAACCAUUGAUAGAAAUGAGCAAACUUUUCAAGGGGAAGAAGUGCGAAAGAGUGGACGAUAUUCUCCGGGCGAACCAACGCAAACUAAAGCCGACGGAAUUGAACCACGAGGGUCCAUUAGGACCCUUUUCCUCGCGUGCCCAAAAUCCAGCAGAGGGGUAUGCUGCAGCCAAUGUUGCACCACUCAUGCAGGAUGUUGGGUGA